AAAGUUGGUCCUGUAUGCUCCUGGAAAGGUAAUAAUGAGGGGUUUAAUUCAAUUGCAAGGGGUUUGAUUGUUUAAGACUUAUUCAAGGUUUUGGAAUAAUAAACCCCAGCAUUUUAGUAUUUCUAAAAUGUAUAAACUGAUCAAACUAUCACUGAUAAAAUUAUUGUGGGGCAGUUUUUACUUUACUUUAUUUCUUAAUAGCUGUGGUAAGAAAUUAACUUUAAGCAACUGGCUUUUUAAAAUCCUACCGCACAUACUGUGUAUGAUAUCUGUUAACUUGAAUUCUGCUUUGAUAAUUGUCUACCAAUUUGAUAAGUAACCUUAUGUAAGCCUCCUGUAAGCAAAAAAGAUCUGAGGGUAAUUUCUACAUUCUUUAUUUGAGGCUUUUCCCAAGGAAGUCAAGCUAGUUAGCAUCCUUACAACUUGAUUAAGUUGCCCAUGAUCUAAAAUUGUCUAUUUCUUACCAACACUGGCAAGUGAUGUCUCAGUCCGGGGUGGGAGGGUUCAUUCCCACUCCCGUCUAUGAGGAGGCUUUGGAGCUGUGGGAUGGAACUGCUUUCCAGGUGCAAAGCAUCUUGCCUUAAUAGACAUUAAAUUGGCUUUGCAUUUGUUUGGAAAUUGAAAGUUCCAUGCAGUGUCUACUAGGCCAUUUUAAAUAAUGCAUUGGAGAGAGAGAGAUCCCAUUCUCCUGAAACCAAAUCUGAUUUAACAAUGGUUAGGGCCAAGGCUGAAGUCAAUCAGUUUUUUAAUUGAUACAAUUGUUUAAGAACAAGUAUUUAGAAAAAACUGAAGUCACACUUGUUCAAGAAGCUGCAAAUGUACCUGGCUUCCUCGCAUGGGGACUUGGGAUGCUGAUCCUGCAAAUUACUGAAUGUAAAUGGAUCCACAUUGAAGUCAAUAGGGCUCUGCCUCCAAGCAGCUCAGAGAUUUGCCCCAGUCUCACAAGAAAUCUGUGUUAGAGGCAAAACCAGAAACUAUGGCUCCCAGCAGCUAAAUCCAGGUCUCCGCUACCAGACUACAGUGCAUCCAAUCAGGUCACUUAAUCUCUGUAUCUUUAUUUCUCUCAAAUGGAGAUAAUACUGAUCUGACUCCCCUGUGUGAGUAUCCAUCCCAUAGUCCUCUUGCUUAAUGCAAAGCUAGCAUCUAGUUUACAGUCACUCCCAUGUAAUGACUUGGGGAGGUGUGUGGGAAAGACAGUUCACCACCUAACAAAUAUGUGGGCCAACUGUCAGACCAGUGAAAUGAUUUUAUGCAGAAGUAUGUUACUAGAGGUAGCUUUAAGGGAAGGAAACUUCAAUGAGGAGAAAGAGGGUGUUGACACUACACCGUCCAGCAAGCCACCAUAAUGUGUUGCGUCAAAGCAGCAUUGAACAAUCUAAGGAUGGGAACACAGAAGUGGCUGAGCCACUCCUCUCUCGUCCCUGACUUUAUGGCCUCAGUCAGUGGGACUGACAUGGAGAGGGAUAGUCAUGAGGUGACAAAAACUGAAGUCUCAAUGACUUGUUAAGAAGGGUGGGAGGGAGCACUUUGCAAGGACAAUGGCAUUCAAGAGACCUGGGACCUUACCUUCCACCACCCUCAAUUACCCACCUCUCCCAUGUGGCACAUUAACCGCUACUUGUCUCCUGCAAAAGGAGAAUAGGGCUCCUGGGUUCAGCUCCUGGUUUUGCCACUAAAUUCCUGGGUGACCCUGGGCAAGUCUCUUAACUUCUCUGACUCCCUAUCUAUAAAAUGGGGGUAAUGUUAUUGAAUUACCUCACCAGGGGACAACGCAUUGUUUACAUUUUAAUGAUUAAGUAAAAGUAUUACGGUGCAAAGUCUAUCAGUUGGUGCCUGCUGCAUCUUGGGGUAGCAGUGCAGAGGGGAGACUGUCCCUGUCAGUAGCCUAGCUAUGCUGCCUUUCACAGAGUGUGCAAGACAGGGAGGUUAUCGGGAUAUAUGUAAAAUGAGAAUUACUAGAAGGGGUUUGAAGGGGAGAGUGUUUGGCAGAAGCCUUUGCCAUGGAAAGAGAUUCUAAUUUAUAAAGACAAUGAAAGAGAAACAGCAGUGGGGCUUCUAAGCCAUGCUGAAGAGGUGGCAGAGUACUCUAAGCACAACAUUUUGAGAUAUUUAGCCACCAGUUCAAACCUAGGCAGGAUUAGAUCAGCUGUUCAUCUUCAAGGUAGAUAGACUGAGCUCCAUGCAGUUUGCUGUGGGAAGUAUUCUGGCCAGGCCCUAAAAACUGGAGCGGUGUGGACAUUGGAGAGUAUAUGAUGCAUUUUACAAGAGAAGGAGAUUUUCUCUGUGUCAUUACACAGACCAUCCUCCCACUCACCCACCCUUGUGCUGUCAUUGGCCCUCUAUUCCAGUGGUGCUUUAUGUCUAUAUUUUGGAGAGUGUUCUGAAUAAAAAAUGCUGUGUAAAAUGUUACAGAAUACUACUCAGCCUGGACAUAUUGAAUCAAGAUGUCUGCUUUCUUUGGGACAUAUCCAGGGAACAGAUUUUUCCCUGAUAAUCUUCAUUACCGUUAACUGUUCUAAUAUCUGAAUUAGAGAGUAUGAGCAUAAAUUCUAACUAACAGGACCGAUUUUGUGACAAAGGCCCCAAAUCUGUGCCAUGUACAAGGGCUGGAAACCAGUCACAUCAUCCCACCAGGGAACAUUCCUGUCAAAAGGAAUAUUCUUUGGUAGCUAUGGGCCAAUGGAACACUCUUACGCUGCACCCUGUCUACGUGGGUAUGUUGGGGGAAGGCUGGACUAGGCCUAACCCCUCUGUGCUCUGGCUCUUCUGGGUUGCUGAACACUCAUUCCCUUGGAGACCAUUGCAAUCUGGACAGAAGUCAAGCAUUUAGAAGAUGGGAAAUGCCACAUUAAGACUUGUAGUUCAAUCUCAAUGCUGCCCUCUUGUGUUCAUCCCUUGGAAUGGUGUCAUGAGUUUAGUUACUGAUGGAAGAUCAAGAUAUUAUUACCGAAGUCCCUGCAGCACUGAAACGGCUGGCCAAAUACAUGGUGCGUGGCUUCUAUGGGGUAGAGUACUCACUGGUCCUUGAUGUAUUGAUCCGAUACCCCUGUGUGAAGGAGGAUGACUUGUUGCUACUGCUCAAGUAUGAACGCAAACAGUUGCGCACUGUCCUCAACACACUCAAGGCAGAUAAAUUUGUCAAGCUGCGCAUGCGGGUUGAAACAGGGCCCAAUGGGAAGAGUACAAGGCACAACUACUAUUACAUCAACUACAAGUUGCUGGUGGAUGUGGUGAAGUACAAACUGGAUCAUGUGCGCCGGAAGAUAGAAGCAGAUGAGCGGGAUUCAACCACCAGGUCCUCCUUCAAGUGUCCAUCUUGCUUCAGCACUUACACAGACCUGGAAGUAAAUCAGCUGUUUGACAUAUUCACAGAGACUUUUCGCUGCACCUACUGCAAUGCUGAAGUUGAGGAGGAUGCCUCUGCGCUUCCCAAACGAGAUGCUCGAACCUUGCUAGCAAAAUUUAAUGAACAGAUUGAACCCAUCUUUGCACUACUGCGCGAGACUGAAGAUGUUGUUCUACCACAUGAUUUGCUUGAGCCUCAGCCAACGGAAAUUCCAGAGCUAUCAGAAAGCUUUGAACAGAGGGCAAGUUCAAGCAUCCUGGACUCCAGUAUCCAUCUUGAGAAAUGGGCCAACAAGAAUUCAUCUGUCAGUAAUAUGUAUGUUCAAAACUUGGUCAUUGAUUUUCAAGAGUCUGAGCCAAAGAAGAAAGGGAAGGAAAAAGUGACUAAAGAACAUCCUAUAUGGAUGUCCCAAAGUACUGUACAAGGAGCAUCGUCAUAUGCAACUGACUCCAAUAUUGAAAUGUCCAAAGAAACGGCUGACUGUGUUAAGGAGGCUGUUACUGAUAAUGAAGUAAUAAGGACUCUUCUCAUCCAUGAAUCUAAGUCUUCCUCUGGCACAGGACAUCCCCCUCCUUGUGCCAAAACCAAACUGCAUGAGUCAGAAAGUGACACCAGUGAAUCAGAGGAGGAGGCCAAACAUGCCAAACCUGUGGUAGUUAAAGCAGCAGGGAGUGACUUGGAACAAGAGGAACAGGAAACACUGGAUCCUACAGUAAUGGUUGCUGGACAGGCCCACUUGUACAGUGAAGUUAGUGACAAUCCAGAGCUAGUGUCACUUAUGACAGAUGAAGAGAGAGAAGUUUACAUCAAGGUGGGACAGGAAAUGUUCCAGUCUGUCUUUGAGUAAA